AUGGGCUUCGCAUUAAAAUUCCUCCAGUGGUUCAUCCGUGGUGUCCAGCUAGGCUGCUCCAUCCUCAUCCUCGCAAUCUUCUCCUACUUCCUCGCGACCCUCCACAACCACUCCCUCCCGAUAUCAAACUCCAUCCGCGCCGUCGAGGGCAUCUCCGGCGCCGCCACCCUCUACACCCUCGUCGGCCUCCUCCUACUCUGUUGCCUUGCGGGACUCGCCUUCACCUCCUUCAUCGCCAUCGUCCUCGACGUCGCCUUCAUCGGCGCCUUCAUCUACGUCGCAAUCGCCAACAAGGGCGGCGCCGGAACCUGCUCCGGUACCGUCAGCACCCCCUUUGGCGACGGCCCCGCCGACGGCGAGCCGACCAACACGGGAAGCGACGGCUGGACUCAUCUCCCCAGUCUGCGCACGGCUUGUAAGCUGCAGACUGCCUGCUUCGCAGUCUCCAUUGUCGCAAUCUUCUUCUUCAUCUUCUCCAUCCUCGUCGAGGUUGCCCUCGCACGCCACCACCGCAAGGAGAAGCGCUUCGGCCCUAGCCCCAAGAACAACUACACCUCGGGCUCGGGCGCCAAGCCCGGCUUCUUCAGCAGCUUUCGCCGCCGCGGCCGCGCCGACACCGCGACCAACGAUAACGCUCUGCCCAUGCACACCAGCCCCGACCAGGUCCGCCCCAGCUACGCCACCGAAACCACCGCCGUUGCCCAGGAUGCCGGGUACCCCAAGUACGAAGGCGCCUACGGCAACACCACGACGGCGACUGGCGGUGUCAACGGCUAUGAGUAUGGACAUGAGACUGGCACCACGCAGCCGCCCCCUCGGCACUACAACGAUGGUGUAUACGACAGAGUCUAG